AGGCAGAAACAAUGAGAGGGAGGGAGGAGUGUUGGUAAUUUCGAAAGCUAUAUAACUACAGAACCCCACAUACAAAGUUACACCUGCUGACUUUCCCACUCUAAACUCACACGACGACUGACCAUGAAGUUGGCUAUCCUGAUCUGCGUUUCUGUUCUCUUUUACUUCUCUGUGGCAGAAACACAACAGAGCGAGGACAACAAUUUUCCUGAUUUUGGAUGUACUCGUGAGUACAAUCCUGUGUGUGGAGAUGAUGGAGUCACAUACUCCAAUGAGUGCAUGCUACACUGGGAGAACAGGCAUCGUGACAAGAACGUCAGCCUAAAGCACGUAGGAGUGUGUGAGACCUCCUGAACUCACUGCUGUAACAUCCAUGGCAUCCACAAUUGCUUUCCAUUUAGAUACUACAGCGACUACCAGAAUGAUUUUCUGUCAUAAAUUAAUCAAUAUCAUAAUGACAUAUGCUAUCAGAACUUUAUCAGACAUUGCUUUGUCAACAUGUAAUCUCAUGCAAUAAAACAGUGAAGCAUUUAAGAGCUCUUUUAUUAAUAAAUUAAUAAUUAAGAACUGUCAAUUUCAAAUAAAUGAAUAUUUAUAAAUCAAAAUGUUCUUUUUUCCUUCUAAUUACUAUGGCUCUGUCCUGAAAAGGACAACAGCAGGAUUUUGUAGCACAUACGAGCAAUUUUUCUGAGCCAGAUAAGAAACUACAGAAUCUUAACUUAUUUUUAAUAUAUGGGUGAAUGCAUGAUUAUUUUUUGUUUUUGUCAUUCAAAAAUACAUUAAAAAUUCAAUUUAUACAUA